UUGGAUUAGAGUUUGGGACGGCGUUUGGCUCGAUACUGGAAUUGAUGCCCGAAUUGCUCGUUUAGGAGUCCUUAGAGAUGGCAUAGCGUGUCGCGUGGCGAGGUUUGAUGUUGUUGAGUGACAGGACGGUGGUGUUGCACUUGAAUUUCGAGUUCAGCCUCUUCCUAAAUUCUGUCACUUACCUCUGUUGAUUGAAAAUGAUGAUGAGCCGCAAUCAGUAGUUCGCGUGGCAUUUCGAAUUACUCUACCCGGCAUAUGAUAUUUGCGAUUUCUACGUGUUUAUUUACCCGGGGCUUGUGAUCAUCGACAAAGUACAUUAUAGAGGAUCUGGGGAGUAACACUAGCAGUAUCUGAAAAAACAUUGAGGAGCAACUUUGUUUAUGACCCGCUAUGCCAGCAAUGUCAUUAACAAUGUCAUUUGCGGGUGCAGUGGCGGGGUUGGAUUCUCACAUUUAUGCCCGCGCCAGCACCGCAGCUCAGGGUCGCUACCAUAAUCACCCAGUGCCUACGUGCAGUCGGUUAAUCAUGCAAGAAACUCUUCUUUCCAAGUCUCUUGCAGAUAACGUAUCGACUCAUAAUUCAGGGAGGAAUUUUGGAGCCAGCAAAGAUAGGAGACUAAAUUACGGAAAUGGCUGCAAACGUGGAGUUUGUAGAUGUUUCGGGGCGGGAAAUACUGGUAAAGAUGGUAACAACUAUGAAGAGGAGAUUAACAACGAAACCAACGACGAAGUAGCCGGGACUUCGGAUAGCGACAAUCAACUACGGCAAAGGAAGGCGGGAGCAACAACUGUGAAGAUGGGAAAUCCAUUACGUGAGAUGAUAGCUACAGCAGGACAACGGUUGCAAGACUAUUUAGAGAGUUACAAGCAGAAGACAGGGAUUCAGGCUGAAGAGGUUGCAGUGUCGAAUACGGUGACCAAGGAAGAAGCUUCCUGGAAAAAGCUACAGGAGCUUUUCUCUGAAGUUGACGAGCUCCAAAACGCGAUGCAAAAGCUGCAGUUUCAACUUGAAGAGGCAAUCAACUUGGAGGAAUUUGAGGAAGCUGGGCGUAUCAAGAAAAAGUUGGCUGCCUUAAUAGCAAAGGAUUUGGUUGCAGGUGCCAUGAGUGAUUUUAAGAAAGCAUUGAAGGAAGAAAGAUACGGUGAUGCCGCUUAUUUGCGGGACGAGGCUGGUGCUGGUCUUGUGGGCUGGUGGGCUGGUGUGUCUGAAAGCGAUGACGACCCAUAUGGACGCAUCAUUAAUAUCUCCACUUCAGAAGGCAGGUUCAUUGCAAAAGGUUACAGCGCCAGGCAACUUGCUUUGGCAGCAUCAGGUGUUCCUUUAUUUGAGGUAUAUCUCACAAAGGACGAAGAAAACAAGUAUCAACAACAUGCUGUUUAUCUUCAAAGGGAUUCAAAUAAUGCAGCGGAUUCAAUUGUGGGAUUCAGCAAAGAUGUUCUUGACUUCGAGAAUAUGUUGGGAGAAGCCAGCAAGGAUAUGCAGCUCAGUGGUAAUGAUGUGCUUGAUUUUUCAAGCAUGUUGGGAGAAGCCAGUAGGGAUAUGCAGCUGAAAUUGGAGUUACUGGAGGAUAUUCAAGAAGAUUACGAGAGAGGUAUUAAUGAGAUGGAAGGUCUCAGAGAUGACGAAGAAUACGUUGCAAUGGAAGAAGGUCUUAAGAAGAUUCUUGAUUUUCUGAAAGAUCGGAUGCCGGAUGUAAAAAUGAAAGUAUUCCAGGUAAUAGCGAAUGGUCAGAUAGAGGCUGACUUGCCAAAUAUAGUGGAGCAGUUGAUGGAGGAUGCAGAAGAUGAGCUUCUGAGGCACGAAGAGUUGGCUGGAGCUGGCAAGAGCAAUUCUGGUUUGCAAUUUAUCCAGUCUGUUGAUGGAUUUCCACCUAUAGGCAGCUUCUCUAUGCCAAGUGAUGGUGAUUCUGGGUCGGUAGAGGUAGAAAUCUUAGGGGAUGAGUACCAUUCAAGAGCGCCGCAUCGUGUGCCUGCUUACAUUGAGCGCAGGGCAAAAGAUAAAUUUGUUUUCCACAUAGAGGAAUCCAAAUUGCUGACUGCUGCGGAGGAUACGGAUUCAUCUGUAGCAUUGGUAGCCGGCAUUGAAGGAUCUUCUAUCAAUACCAGAUCUCUUGAUCCACUUGAAGAGUUUCUGCAGAAUAUAGACAAAUCACUGCAGGCCGGUUCAGUGGACUUGGAGGAUUCAGAGGAGAGCGAUACUGAUGCGGUGGAGAUAUCAAGCAAAAAUCUAGGAGAUCUUUUAGAAAAGGCUGUGACUAGGGCCCAACAACGGCGGGGUUUGUUCAAGAGCACACUGUUCCAACGUAUUAAUAUAUCAGCUUCAGAGAACGAUCCCUUUUCUGGAUUGUAUAUUGGGUCUCUGGGACCCCAGUCUGCAGAAGUAGUGCAACUUCACCGGAGGUAUGGUAAUUGGCAGACUGCUGAUACCUUGUCUGUUAAUCAAGUGUGGGAAUGCUUCGAGUAUGUUGAAGCUGUAAAGUUGACCGGCGAUGUGCAUGUGCCUGCUGGCGAGGUAUCUUUCCGUGCCAAGGUUGGGAAAGGAAGUCGAUUGCCGCACAGGGGGGUCUAUCCAGAGGAGCUUGGUGUGACUGCGAGGUACAAAGGACAGGCUAGGAUGGCUGAACCAGGUUUUAAAAAUCCUCAAUGGGUGGAUGGUGAACUUGUCUUUCUAAAUGGCAAGGGAGGCCCGACAAUUGGUGCUGAGCUUGGUUUUGUCUAUUUCGGACCAGGAAAUCAUUUUCUUGUAUUGUUUGGUAGACUCAGACUGAAAUGUUGAGUGCCUUGCUACUUGGUCUAGCAACUGUACGGUGUGUUAGCACCUCAUUCCUCAUGCUUCAUCAAAAUAUGAGCGCUUUACAAUCAACUUAAAUGGCCCCAACAUGGUAUCUACUGCAGGGGCAUAUCCCUAGGGAAGGAGUUUUGUAGUUUACAACUUUCAUUUUCAACUAAUCUUCGAGUAAUCUGUCCGACCUACAACACUUCUACUUGAAAGCUUGAGUUGUGAUGGAAAAUAGAGAACAAUAGCUUUUAUUAGAGCGGUGGCCUGAUGUGAAAUCUAGAGCUUUAGUAAGGCUGUCAACACAGUUGUGUUGGCAAGUAUCACGUCUAGUUUACUAAUCGUCACCAGAUGAAAAUUAUGGGCAGUACAGUUUGCUUUCGGCUUCCCGCUGUUUUCAACUGUAAAUUAAACAGAGAUGUUGCUCUACCCUCUCAAUUGAAUAAUUGCUCUGACUAGCAAAUCCA